AUGUCCAAGUCAGUGGGAUUCCAGUGGGGUGUCAAGCUGAACGUUAACAAGCCGGCUGUUAACAGUAAGCAUUUGCACAAGACAGGUGUCAAAAAGAGAAGAUAUGAUGAUGAAAAACCCAAAGUUAAUACCAAUACUAUUACCAAGAGAACCAAAUUCCCUAUUAUUAAGGGAGAAAGGCUUCCUAUAAACCGAUUGAUUGAAACUUUAAACAGACUGUCCAUAAACUUGUUGUUGACGGACUUGGUACGGAUUCACCCAGAGAUCUGCCACACGAUUUAUGACCUUCAACCGAAAGUCGAGGUGGAGGAUGCUAUGACCAUUUUAAACACUCGGGUGGAAGAUAUACAUCACAACCUUCCAUACAAGGGGGACUUGGAAAAUGACUACAGUUAUUUGAGAGUCAAGCCAUACCUCAACGAGUUUUUGAACUGUCUCAGUGACUAUAUUCUCAAUUAUCUACCACCGGUGGAAACCAAUCUCAUUCAGUCCUUACAGUUUAUUGACUAUGCCACCAACAUAAUCAUGAAAUUGCCCUCCUUUCGGAACAAUGAGUAUAAAUAUAUCAAGUUGAAAUGCUAUGAACAAAUGUCCAAUACUUGGUUGAUAGUGUUGAACAACUUGAUCGACGAGAGUGAGGAUGAAUCAGAGGUUCAGGAGAGCUUGUUCAACUUGAUCAAGGUGAUCAACGACUUGGACUUGAAGGAAAAACUCAGCACCUAUAACCACAUCUCUGUCAACAAGUUUGACAAGGUGUUGGAGUUCAUCAACGAGAAGUCAGCCUUGUUCAACAACCUCAACAAUACCAGCAGCAGUUUGGGAGACUUGAUCACCGUCGACUACUCCAACUACUCAUUGGCAGCUCCUCCGUCUACGUGA